AGCAACAACAUGAAGGAGAAGCGCCAGACCACAGAAUUUGGACCCUAUCCCGAGGACAAGUAUGAGUCUACCAACUCCAAACGCCAGACUACGGAAUUCGGACCCUACCCUGAGGACAAGUACGACAGCAACAACAUGAAGGAGAAGCGUCAAACGACUGAGUUCGGUCCUUACCCCGAGGACAAGUACGAAGCCAAGAACUCUAGACGCCAGACUACAGAAUUCGGUCCCUAUCCCGAGGACAAGUACGAGAACAGCGACAAGAAGGCAUAGAGUGAGUUUUUUUUAUCACCCUCCCCUUACCUGCACCACGACUUUUCCAUCUAACGCAAUGAACCAAACUUUACAGCUUCUCGUCAACUUCACGAGUUUGAAUCCGAAGUCUAGAGUCGGAAGCUACAUGUAGUCUCGCGGCGACAACAAGAACCAGAAAAAUGUGAAAAGGGGAGAAAAAAAACAGGCUUUGGAUGGGGGGUUUCAGGGAAUGUGCAUCGCU